GUAAACAGUGUAAAUCAAACCAAAAUGGAAAUAAACAGGGGAAAAAAAGAAAAGAAAAUAAUAUUAAAAUCAAAACAAAAAGAGAAAAUGAAUCCAGCUCUUCCCUCUUUAGUUUCAACUCUUCACCCUCCAUAGAUAAACCACCCUUUAAACCUCAUGAGGAGUCUGUUGCCAAAUCGUCCAGAAAAUGCAUUGGGAAUCCUGCGAAUUCACCUUUCUAAGCCAAAGGGGUCAACUUCAUUGAGUUGCUUGUCUACCAACUCUCCAUGAGAAAUGGCCGAGGGUCAUAAACCUCCAUGGCGAGAUAAACCUUCAAUCAAGUAUAGGUGCGGUUCAUCGCGUGGAGCCUGUUUUGAGAUUGUUAAUUAUGGUCUGAAAGAUCACGUUUCUGCUUCUGCAACGGAUAAGAAGAGCAAGACUCCUGAACCAAGAGAUACACAAAUAUGCAGCACAAGGGAGCUCAUUUCAGCUCUUGCCUCUGUAUGGGACAAUGUAACUGAUCCUCUUUCUAUCUUGGUCAAUAAAUCGACCGGUAGGUAUGAAAGUGGCUGUCAACAGGAGUGCAGUGUUCUUUGGCAUUCGUCCGAGGGGGGGACACAUAAUGUCCAUGUAGCAGUUAACAAUCAAAACUGCCCCAUCCAUCCGAUGAAAACAUGGGAUUCUCUGCCCUCAGCUAGUGAACGCCUGGGAUUUGUAAAAGUGAGAGACAAGAUUUCAUUCAUUCAACCUUCAAGUGGAACUAAAUCCCUUCUUAGGCAACUUCUUCAUGGUAAUGAUCAUAUGAUUCAGGACCCUUUGAAAGGAACAAGUGCUUCAAAUGUGGAUUUAAAAUGUCAUUUGCAUGGAUUAUCUGGAUGGAUGACCAGAAGAGCUCUUUCUACUCAAGAACGCCUGGCGAACUUUACUGGUAUGGAGAAACAUGAUGGUGUUGACUUCCAAAUUGGACUUAAUAGUUGUGAAUCUGCAAAUUUUGGUAUAUCUGUGGGUGGAAAUGGUAGAGAUACUAAUUUGGUCAUAGAGAAUGAUGACACCCAUACCGAGGAAAACAAAUUUACAGAAAUCUGUUUUGGUCAAAAUGAUGAUCCUAAUACGAGUGUGAAGGCUUCUUCUGCUACUGUAUGUAUCAAUCAUAGGGAUGUACAAGAUUUAACACCCAGCAGUUCGUUCUUUCCAAAUUCAAGUCAUUGUGAAGAUUCUCUAGUUCUACCAUUUGGAGCCCGUGAUUUUGGUGAAAGAGAAAUCUCAGGUAGAGCUGACCUGCAGGAAAAUACAGAUAAUCAUCUACAGGAUGGUGCCGUUGGGAAGAAAUCCAAAGUGGGGAUUUGCUUUCCAGUGAAGGAGAAGUCAAAUGGAGCUCUUGCAAAGCAGGAACAUGCUUAUGCAGGAGCUAUGGCUGGUAUAUUUGUGAGCUUGUCCCUACAUCCUGUGGACACAGUCAAAACUGUCAUUCAGUCUUGCCGGGCUGAUCAGAGAUCUCUUCUUGAUACAUGCAGGUCCAUUAUUUCUCAAAGAGGCAUUACUGGGCUUUACCGUGGAAUUUCAACCAAUAUUGCGUCCUCGGCACCAAUUUCUGCUGUUUACACUUUCACAUAUGAAUCAAUGAAGGGGGUAUUGCUUCCUUCCCUCCCCAUGGAGUAUCAAUCUGUUGCCCAUUGCGUGGCCGGGGGAUGUGCUAGUAUUGCAACUUCAUUCAUUUUCACUCCCAGCGAACGUAUAAAGCAGCAGAUGCAAGUUGGUUCGCGUUACCAGAAUUGCUGGAAUGCAUUCAUGGGAAUAGUUGAAAGAGGUGGUUUGACCUCAUUGUACGCUGGUUGGGGAGCUGUAUUGUGUAGAAAUGUUCCACAUUCUAUCAUAAAAUUUUACACAUAUGAGAGCAUGAAGCAAUUGCUGUCGUCAGUUCAGUUGGAUGGUCAAACCAAUACAAUCGUGACAUUGGUGUCUGGAGGGUUAGCUGCUUCUACUGCUGCAUUAUUCACCACUCCCUUUGACGUAGUCAAGACAAGAUUACAAACACAGGUAAGAUGUUUAAUCUACAUUCUGUAUAUGGGUAUCCAUACCAUUCUGUGCUAAUGUCGAUCUUGAUACUUAUGAUCAUGUGGUUUUGAAUAUAGGUGCUCUAUGAAGCAUCAAAUGAUUGUUUUGCUCCCACUGGGAAAAAAGUAACAAGUCUUUUCUCGCAGAUCCCUGGAUCGUUGAACCUGUAUGGUGGUGUCUUUGAUGCCCUUUUAGAAAUUGCUAAGAAUGAAGGGUUAAGAGGUCUCUACAGGUUAGAACUUGAAACACAGUUGCAUAUCUGUACACUUCUUUUGUCAGUUUGUUUUAGCUGGUUGUAAGAUAUCGUGAAGUAUCUUCUGGGGUUUCCCAUGAUCAAUCCUUCCAACAUUUCAGGGGUUUGAUUCCACGAUUGUUUAUGUAUGUGACUCAAGGAGGACUUUUCUUUGCUUCAUAUGAAUCUUUCAAAAGAUUGUUUUCUUCAGAAGGCUCCCAAAUCAAUUUCCAAACAAUUGCUCGUGGAGAAAUUAAGGAUGAUCUUCACCAUGAUGAUGACAGCAUUACAUGAAUGCUAAUAGAUCGGAGUGAAGAGUUUUGGUGUCUUACCAUUAUAGCGUAGCCUAGCUGGAUUGCCGAAGCGGGGAGCUCCUUUAUGAUAGAUUCAAGUCAGAUAGAAGCUUCAGAUCAAUUUUUGACUGGUGAUGAGGAGUAACUAACGAUACUGAUUCAAGCCACUGUUACUUAGGAAUUAGGAUGGUACGCGAAAUUUACUUGCUCAGAUAAUACCACCUUUUUUGGUGCAUCUUGUUGUCAUUAUUCGAGUCCUUAAUUGAACUUUUAAGGCACUUGAGCUCUAAUGAAUACACCAGCAGAAUACAAGAUGCACCGUUUCAUUGAUUUCUUCUAAUUAAUAACUUCUUCAGCUUGAUCUUUGGCUGUAAUAAAUCUGUAGUGUAGUGAGUUUCUUUUGUGUGUGUUUUCUUAAAACGUCUAACCUUACCUACCACAUGGGGAUAUCCAACACCUAUAACAUCAUGAUCCACCAACUAUUGAUCUUUCAUGCGUUAUCGGCAUUUGAAAAGGGGAAAAAAAAACCCUUAAAAUAGGGAAUUAUUUCUUCUCAGCAAGAAUAUGGGAUCAAAAAAUGAAUUAUCACUGAAUGUUGCAAUUGUGAAAAGGAAUUUGCAUUAAUUCCGGGAGAGAGGGAAACCUAUUCCAUGUCUUUUGCUAGGAAAUACAACAAACAUAAGGCUACCAACGACUCCAACAACAACAGGCACUAUCGUCAGGAUCUCCUGCAUUUUACCUGAUCGGUUUGGGUACAAACAAUUCAUCACAUUCUGAUCAAACAUUGCCACAGCUCCAAAAAUCAAAAGGGACAUAAAUGCAUGAAAGAAAUCCAUGAAAUUGAUCUUGUACUUGUCUGCAUCCUCAGGAGGAACAUCGAUGGAGCCAUCCAGAACCCGAAAUCCUUUAAACGUUGCCACGCCAUACCGGACUUUUCCCCGUUCAUCCCUGAUGCUAUCCGUGAAGCAGAGGAGGAAACACGACACGGCGCAGAGGCCGAGAAAGCCUAAAGUUAAGGAUUGGUAGACGAUGGAUUGACAUUUUCCUUCAUGAGUCAGAGAUGGUGAGAACAUUUGGAAUGCAAGAACUGAACCUGUGGGAAGAAGAUUGGCUAAAUGUGCUGUCCCUUUGAAUGUCUUCCUGAUAACUUUUUGCCCUGGUGUUUUUUGUGGUUUUCCUCCUGUUUCUGUUUGAUCAUCCAAAAGGGGUGCCUCUAAUUGCUCUUCAAUGGCUGUUAAUACAGCACUGGCUAUUCCAUUUUGUGCACUCAUGUUCAUAAUUCCUAACAGAAAGAAAGAAUAGGCUAAUCUUAAAAAAAGGGUUUCUGAUUGAAUUAUCAGAAAUGGAGUUUUGAUUUUUGGAUCUGUGGCUUUUGAAGGAAGGUAUUUAUGAGGAGAGAUUCAAUUUCAUGGUUAAAGAAAUUAAUUUCUCAACCUUGAUGGAUUAUAAAUCCUUCAAAUGAAUGAGGGUUCUUUUUGUUUUUCUUUAAUACAAGUUUUCUUCUCCAUGGCAAUUGUCAAAAACAGCAUUAAUUUAUAGGUUGAAGGAAGUUAUGGUUUAACAGUUAAAAGUUCAUUUUUUGCCAUGGUGUAAAUGAAGGAGGUUACAUUU